AUGGAGCCUCUUCUCAAAGGAUACAAUGCCUUCGUCACUGGUGCUGCUUCAGGCAUCGGCAAAGCUAUUGCUAUCAACUUUGCCCGCCACGGCGUCGCCGGCCUUGCCGUCGCCGACAUUGAUCGUGCGGCCCUCGACUCCCUUGCUGCCUCCAUCGCCCAAAGCCACCCGGACGUCCGCGUCCUCCCCAUCACACUGGACGUGGCCGACGCCGGCGCUGUCAAGGCCGCCGUGGCGCAGACGGUGCAGACGCUCGGCCGGCUCGAAGUGGCCGUCAACAAUGCCGGCAUCGCGGGCUCGAAAACGCCCACCCACGAGCUGUCCGAUGAGGCGUGGGGCAAGACGCUGGCGGUGGACCUGCACGGCGUCUUCUAUUGCCAGCGGGAGGAGCUGGCCGUCAUGAUGGCCCAAGAGGACCUCGGGCCUCGUCGCGGGCGCGGCGUCAUCAUCAACACGGCGUCGCUGUACGGCCUCCGCGCACCUCUCGUUCCUCUGAACCAGACCGCCUACGCGGCCUCCAAGCACGCCGUCGUGGGCAUCACAAAGUCGGACGGCAUCCACUACGGCCCGCAAGGCAUCCGCAUCAACGCUGUCUGUCCCGGCUACGUCGAGACGCCGCUCAUCGCCGGUGGGCUCGACAGCGAGAGGCUCGUCGGCCUAUUCCUGGACAACUCGCCCAUCCGGCGGCUCAUCAACCCGGACGAGGUCGCCGACGGCGUCGUCUUCCUGGCGAGCCCGAUGAGCAGCGCGAUGCACGCGUCGACGUUGUCGCUGGACCUGGGCGUGAGCAACAGAAGCUGA